GAUUAUCUUAGGAAGAAUCAAUGGGAAAGAAAAAAAUGAAAUACCUUCUGUUCAUAUUUGUUGGCCUUGUCCACCUUUUAUCCUUGGGCUCUGGAAAAGCUAUAUAUGGAAAUGGCACCUCUCAGAGGACUUUUCAAGAAAUCAAAGAAGAAAUAGCCAGCUAUGGAGAUGCUGCUAAAGCCAUCAUCAACCUUGCUGUUUAUGGUGAAGCCCAGAACAGAUCCUAUGAACGGUUGGCACUUCUGGUUGAUGCUGUUGGACCCAGAUUGAGUGGCUCCAGAAGCCUAGAAAAAGCCAUCCAAAUCAUGUACCAAAACCUGCAGGAAGAAGGGCUGGAGAAUGUCCACCUGGAGCCAGUCAAAAUACCCCACUGGGAAAGGGGAGAAGAGUCUGCCGUGAUGCUGCAUCCGAGAGCUCACAAGAUGGCUAUUUUGGGGCUUGGCAGUAGCAUUGGGACUCCUCCAGAAGGCAUUACAGCAGAAGUUCUGGUGGUGACCUCUUUCGAUGAACUGCAGAGAAGGGCCCCAGAGGCCAGAGGGAAGAUUGUUGUUUAUAACCAACCUUACGUCAACUACUCAAGCACCGUGCUGUACCGAGCUCGAGGAGCUGUGGAAGCUGCCAGAGUGGGCGCAGUGGCAUCCCUCAUCCGAUCUGUGGCUCCCUUCUCCAUCUACAGUCCUCAUACAGGCAUUCAGGAAUACCAGGAUGGUGUGCCCAAGAUCCCAACGGCCUGCAUUACAGUGGAAGAUGCAGAAAUGAUGUCAAGAAUGGCUUCUCGUGGAGCCAGAAUUGUUAUUCAGCUGAAGAUGGGGGCAAAGAACUACCCAGAUGCUGACUCCUUCAACACUGUAGCAGAGGUCAUUGGGAGCAAGUACCCAGAGCAGGUUGUACUGGUCAGUGGACAUCUGGACAGCUGGGAUGUUGGGCAGGGUGCCAUGGAUGAUGGUGGUGGAGCCUUCAUAUCCUGGGAAGCACUCUCACUUAUUAAAGAUCUUGGACUGCGCCCAAAGAGGACUCUACGCUUGGUACUCUGGACUGCGGAGGAACAAGGUGGUGUUGGUGCCUUCCAGUAUUACCAGUUACACAAGGCAAAUGUUUCUAACUACAGCCUGGUGAUGGAGUCAGACUUGGGAACCUUCUUCCCUUCUGGGCUGCAGUUCACUGGCAGUGACAAGGCCAGGGCCAUAAUGGAGGAGAUCAUGCACCUGCUGCAGCCCAUCAACGUCACACAAGUCUUCAGGUGCGGGGAAGGCACAGACAUUAAUUACUGGAUCCAAGCUGGAGUGCCCGGUGCCAGUCUACUUGGUGAUCUAUAUAAAUAUUUCUCCUUCCAUCACUCGCGUGGAGACACCAUGACUGUCAUGGAUCCGCAGCAGAUGAAUGUUGCCGCUGCUCUUUGGGCUGUUGUCUCGUAUGUUGUUGCGGACCUGGAAGAAAUGUUGCCCAGGUCCUAG